AUGGAGAAGCAGAACUUCAUGCAGAUUGCAAGUAGUUUCUACGAUGCUGUGCAAGAUCAAGAUAAUGCAUCGAAGCCUAACUCGAAGGACCUAUCCUUUGUGGCAAUGUGCAUGAACCCAACACGCACUCGAGCCGAAGUCGACUUUCUCUACUCUGAUGUUGAAAGACGACUAGAAAUCAUCAAGUCCAUCCAUGACUACAUCUCGAGUACGGGCUCAGAACUGGCUACCGAAAUUUGGAAGAGUGUACAAAUUGCAUCCUUCUGGGCUUUCCUCUUCACGAUCUCCGUCCAACAACUAGUCGAUAUCGAGAUUUUCCUCCGCAAUAAUAGCUCCCCCGAUAGAGUAUCGCUUGAAAUGCGGCUCUUCCUACUUCAGACAGAAGUUAGCCAAAUUGAGCGGAUGCUAGACAAUUUCUUCGCAUCGUCAUGCAGGAAGAAACAAGUGCCACCUGACAUGAUCAUCAAAAGGGAUCAAAAUCUAGCCAAACAGUCCCUAAGUAUAAUUUGGGGCGACCGACUCAAGAAUUUACAAUCUCUGGUUUGCCGUGGCGAUGGAUGUAUUAUCGAGAGCCUCCAAAACGUUAUUUGUCUUUCACACGACCUCCACAAGAUGUGGAGUAAAGGUCACUUUGCCUUCUACCCAGAGCCAGCCCAGCCAGAAGGUGAUGGCUGGUCUAUGAGAUUGAGGUUUUGCUGGAUGGAGAACGUUAGAUUCGACCCAUCUCAGCACAUUACGGAGCACUUCUUAAGCACGCCCAGAACGGUCAUUAAUGCGCAGCCUCUCACUAUACGCGGUGCCCUCGCAGCAGUACAACUUGUAAAAAGCACGCCUAUAUUCGACGGUAAGAUCGUCAACAUUCGGGCAGCGCGUAAAGAAGACCUUCCAAGUUACGAUAUAUGCCUUCUUCAGUACGAUAUCAUUCGAAUGGCCGCGCUGUGCGGUGGCGGUAAUGUUCACGAGGAGAGACUUGACGACGACGAGGGCUCUGUUCCCGAUUCAGGGAUGUCGCUUUCUCCAUUGACCGCUGAGCAGCGGAGAGCUACGCACAGACCCAGGUACUGGAACAGCAGCGCAGGUACCUCGAACAAUGGAGAAGCUCUUGCUACGGUCAAGUUCGCGCCGCAGCCUCGCAUCAACGCCCUACCGCUCAGCACGCCCGUCGGCGGAGCACCGCAUCGACAGAUACAUCCAGUCGGCCCUCGAAGACAUGGACGUGCGGCCGCCGAGCGCCAUGCCGCGCCCCGCGGUGAGCAUGACGCCGCGGACGGCGGACGCGUCGGCGCUGUCUUCGCUCGCGUCGGCGCGGUUCGCGCCGGGCUGGCACGUCGUCAAGGCCAACGACCGGACGAUCCUCGCGCCGCUUGGCGCACGCGCGCAGCGUGCAGCGGCUCGCGCACUACCGGGACGCGGGCGUCGCAGCGGCCGCUGUGA